AUGGCAGCGAUGGAAUCCCAACCGGAGCUGUGGAUCGAGUCCAACUAUCCCCAGGCCCCUUGGGAGAACAUCACCCUUUGGUGCAGAAGCCCCUCUCGGACAUCCAGCAAGUUCCUGCUGCUGAAGGAUACCACACAGAUGACCUGGAUCCGCCCUUUCCACAAGACCUUCCAAGUGUCAUUCUUCUUAGGUGCCCUCACAGAGUCCAAUACAGGUCUUUACAGAUGCUGCUAUUGGAAGGAGACAACCUGGUCAAAGCCAAGUAAAGUGCUAGAAUUAGAGGCACCAGGCCAGCUGCCCAAGCCUAUCUUCUGGAUCCAGGCUGAAACCCCUCCUCUUCCUGGAUGUAGUGUUAACAUCCUUUGCCAUGGCUGGUUGCAAGAUUUGGUGUUCAUGCUGUUUAAGGAGGGAUAUUCAGAGCCAGUGGAUUACCAAGUUCCAACUGGAACAAUGGCUAUAUUCUCCAUUGACAACAUGACACCUGAGAAUGAAGGGGUUUAUAUCUGCCGCACUCACAUCCAGAUGCUCCCCACCCUGUGGUCAGAGCCCAGCAACCCACUGAAGCUGGUUGUAGCAGGACUCUACCCCAAACCAACUCUGACAGCCUAUCCUGGGCCCAUCAUGGCACCUGGAGAAAGCCUGAGUCUCAGGUGCCAAGGGCCAAUAUAUGGAAUGACUUUUGCUUUAAUGAGAGUUGAAGAUUUGGAGAGUUCCUUUUACCACAAGAAAUCAAUAAAAAAUGAGGCAUUUUUCUUCUUCCAGUCUUUGAAGAUCAGUGAUACUGGACAUUACCUCUGUUUUUACUAUGAUGGCUCAUACAGAGGCUCACUCCUUAGUGAUGUCCUGAAAAUCUGGGUAACUGAUACUUUCCCCAAGACCUGGCUACUUGCUCAGCCUAGUCCUGUGGUCCAAAUGGGUCAGAAUGUGAGCCUGCGAUGCCGAGGACCAGUGGAUGGAGUGGGACUAGCUCUCUACAAGAAAGGAGAAGACAAACCACUUCAAUUUUUGGAUGCCUCCAGUAUCAGUGACAACAAAUCAUUCUUCCUCAAUAAUGUGACCUACAGUGAUGCUGGCAUCUAUAGCUGCCACUAUUUCCUCACCUGGAAGACUUCCAUUAAGAUGGCAACACACAACACUGUGGAUCUUGUGGUUGUAGCUUGGCCCAGCACUGUGUUCAAGCUAGGAAAGACCAUCACUCUACAAUGCCGAGUUGCUCAUCCAGUACUUGAAUUUUCUCUGGAAUGGGAAGAACGUGGAACAUUCCAGAAGUUCUCAGUGGAUGGAGACUUCAUCAUCACUAAUGCUGAAGGGAAAGGCACGGGGACCUACAGUUGCAGCUACCGGGUCGAGGCACACCCUAAUAUCUGGUCACAUCGCAGUGAGCCUCUGAAGCUGAUGGGGCCAACAGGAAUUCUCACCUGGAAUUAUGUUCUGAAUGAAGCUAUCCGGAUGUCCUUAAUCAUGCAGUUUGUUUCCUUGCUGGUGAUAGUGCUGUGGAUAAGGUGGAAGUGUAGGAGACUCAGAAUCAGAGAAGCCUGGUUGCUGGGAACAGCUCAAGGGGUCACCAUGCUCUUCAUAGUCACGGCCAUUCUCUGCUGUGGACUGUGCAAUGGUGUCUUGACAGAAGAGACUGAAAUAAUCACGCCAACCCCCAAGCCUGAGCUGUGGGCAGAGACGAACUUCCCUCUGGCCCCGUGGAAGAACUUAACCCUGUGGUGCAGAAGCCCUUCUGGCUCCACUAAGGAGUUUGUGUUGCUGAAGGACGGGACCGGUUGGAUAGCAACUCGUCCUGCCUCUGAGCAGGUCCGAGCUGCCUUCCCCCUUGGCGCCCUGACCCAGAGCCACACCGGGAGUUACCACUGCCAUUCAUGGGAGGAGAUGGCUGUGUCUGAGCCCAGUGAAGCCCUUGAGCUAGUAGGGAAAGACAUCCUCCCCAAACCUGUUAUUUCGGCUCCCCCGCCAGUGCGGGGUCAGGAACUGCAAAUCCGGUGCAAAGGAUGGCUGGCCGGCAUGGAGUUCGCUCUGUAUAAGGAGGGAGAGCAGGAACCUGUCCAGCAACUUGGUGCGGUUGGGAGAGAAGCCUUCUUUACUAUCCAAAGAAUGGAGGAUAAAGACCAAGGCAAUUACAGCUGCCGCACGCACACUGCAAAGAUCCCCUUCAAGUGGUCUGAACCCAGUAAGCCCCUGGAGCUGGUCAUAAAAGAAAUGUACCCCAAGCCCUUCUUCAAGACACAAGCCAGGCCUGUGGUCACCCCUGGUGCCCGGGUGACUUUCAAUUGCUCCACCCCCCAGCAGCACAUGAGCUUUAUUCUGUACAAAGAUGGCAGUGAAAUAGCAUCCAGUGAUGGGUCUUGGACAAAUCCAGGCGCCAGUGCAAUUCACUUUCUGAUCCUUUCCGUGGGCUUUGCUGAUGGAGGAAACUACAGCUGCCGUUAUUAUGGCUUUGAUACCUGGUCUCAGCCCAGCGAUGCUGUGGAGCUUGUGGUGACAGAAUACUACCCCAAGCCCACUCUCGUGGUGCAGCCAGGUCCUGUGGUGCUUCCUGGAAAGAAUGUGACCUUGCGCUGUCAAGGGCUUUUCCAGGGCAUGAGGUUUGCUCUGCUACGAGAAGGAACCCAGUUGCCCUUACAGCUCCAGAGUGCCUCUGAAGAGGCAGUUGACUUCUUCCUCUACUCAGUUGAAGCAGAGAACUCUGGGAAUUACAGCUGUAUCUACUACGAGACAACCAUGUCAAACAGGGGCUCAUCUCCCAGUAUGCCCCUAAUGAUCUGGGUGACUGAUACAUUCCCCAAACCAUUGCUGUUUGCUGAGCCCAGUUCUGUGGUCCAAAUGGGGCAGAAUGUUACUCUCUGGUGCCAAGGGCCAGUCCAUGGCGUUGGGUACAUUUUAUACAAGCAAGAAGAAAAUACUUCAAUGCAGCUCUGGGGCUCCACCAGUACUGAGGGAGCAUUCCCCAUCACCAAUAUAUCUGAUGCUAGCUUAGGGCGUUAUAGCUGUUGCUACCACCCUGACUGGACCAGCCCUGUCAAGAUUCAGCUUAGCAACACAUUGGAACUCAUCGUUACAGGCUUACUCCCGAAACCCAGCCUAUUAGCCCAGCCUGCUCCCAUGGUGGCCCCUGGAGAAAAUAUAACUCUUCAAUGUCAAGGGGAACUGCCAGACUCAACAUUUGUCCUAUUGAAGCAAGGGACUCACCAGCCCAUUGAGCACCAGAGGUCUAACGGGUACAGGGCUGACUUCUGGAUGCCAGUGGUGAGAAGUGAAGAUUCUGGCAUCUACAGCUGUGUUUAUUAUUUGGACUCUGCUCCCUUUGCAGCUUCUAAUCACAGUGACACCUUGGAGAUUUGGGUAACUGACAAGCCUCCCAAACCCUCUCUGUCAGCUUGGCCCAGCACCAUGUUCAAACUUGGGAAGGACAUCACCCUUCAGUGCCGAGGACCUCUUCCUGGUGUGGAAUUUGUAUUAGAACAUGAGGGAGAAGAAGCUCCUCAGCAGUUCUCAGAGGAUGGGGAUUUUGUCAUCAACAAUGUAGAAGGAAAAGGCAUCGGAAACUAUAGCUGCAGCUACCGUCUCCAGGCCUACCCUGAUAUUUGGUCAGAACCCAGUGAUACCCUGGAGCUGGUGGGGGCAGCAGGGCCUGCUGCUCAAGAGUGCACUGUGGGCAACAUUGUCCGAAGUAGCCUCAUUGUGGUGGUUGUGGUAGCCUUGGGAGUGGUGCUAGCUAUAGAAUGGAAGAAGUGGCCUCGACUUCGAACCAGGGGUUCGGAGACGGAUGGAAGAGACCAGACGAUCGUCCUUGAAGAGUGUAACCAAGAAGGAGAAAUGGGCACCACCACCAAUUCUCCCUCGUCAACCUCUCAGGGAAUUGCCAUGGAGCUGUCAGUCCCAGUGUAAUAAUCUGCUUUACAAAAGCUUUCCUCUUCUAUCUUUUCCCUCAGAGACCUGGGUUUCCGACUGCUAACCCUGAGAAUUAGCUCU